UCCUGCACACUUUCUACACUAUAAAUAAUUGUCAGCCAUGCCCAUUUCUAACAUCAAAACUUAAACAGCUAAACACACAAAACUCAAAAUACCAUCACCCACUCAUUAAAAGAGCUACAUUAAUCACCAACAAGCAAUUUAAUGGAAGGUUUAAUCCCAUUUCUCCUCCAUGCCAUGAAGAAACAGAAGCCUCACCACAACAGUUUCCGGUGCCUAUCUGACACCUCUAACCGGAGCUACCACAUGCUUGUUGGAACUGACUCUAUCGAGGGCUCGUCUCACCGGAGAACUCGAUCGGAGUUUCAGCCUCCGGUCACCGUUGAUUUCAUGAAUUUGCCACAGCCAAGAAGCUUCAAUAACAGAACUUCUUCUUUGCUUUCCCCUGGUUCCAACAAGAAUGGUUCCAGACUUCAGUUUGGGUCUAACAUGGCUGCUAUGAGCAAUUUACAAGGGACUAAAGCUGAUAAUCUCCACCAUAGGAAAUUCUGAUCCAAGAGAUUGCGUUAAAAACUACUAUUACUGAUGCGUAAUUUGUACUUUGUGCUUUUCACUUUUUAAAAUCCAGACAAGAUGAUCUCAAGUGUAAAUGUACUAAUAUUUGUUUGAUUCUUUUGUACUAAUGUUGUUCGACUAUUAUAAAAUGGUGAGCUUUUAUGUAUUAA